CACACGGUGAGUAUAAAGCUGCUUGCAUCCACGCACACGCGUCAGACUGCUCCGACCAGGUCACGCACAGUCACGCGCGGGAUGCAAUCAAUCUGAAGGGCGGAAAAUCAACUCAACAGACAGAAUCAGCAUCAUGACAAGGUCAGUGCGGGACGAGCAGACUUUAGGCGAGUCUGAAGACCAGCAGGAGCAGCAUAGCCCUGCCGGAGGAGGAGGAGCGGAGGACGAGGAGGAAGAGGAGGACCAUCAUCUGAUGGAAGACGAUGUGGAAGAAGAAGAAGAUGAGGAGGAAGAUGAGGAAGAGGAGGAGGACGGGGAGAACAAACCUAAGAGACGAGGACCAAAGAAAAAGAAAAUGACGAAAGCUCGUCUUCAGAGGUUUAAAAUCCGCCGUAUGAAGGCCAACGCCCGUGAGAGGAACCGCAUGCAUGGCCUCAACGAUGCCCUGGAGAGUCUCCGUAAGGUGGUCCCUUGCUACUCCAAAACGCAAAAACUGUCCAAGAUCGAGACGCUGCGCCUGGCCAAGAACUAUAUUUGGGCACUCAGUGAGAUCUUGAGAUCCGGCAAAGCCCCCGACCUCAUGACUUUUGUCCAGGCACUCUGUAAAGGUCUUUCUCAGCCGACCACCAACCUGGUGGCGGGCUGCCUGCAGCUGAAUCCUCGCACCUUCCUGCCCGAGCAGACGCCCGACCUGCCUGGCCAUCUGCCCCCACCAGGGGGCCCCGCCUACGCUGGACACUUCUCCUACCAGAGCCCUGGGCUAACGCCUGGCCUGCCCAGCCCCCCCUACGGCACCAUGGACCCAUCCCACAUCUUCCACCAGGUGAAAGGUCAGCCCUAUGGCCCAAUGGAGUCGUUCUUCGAUGGUGUCCUGGUGUCGGACAGCCCAGUCUUCGACCCACCACUCAGCCCGCCCCUCAGCAUUAACGGGAACUUCUCGUCUUCCUUUAAACAUGAGGCUGUGUCAGCGUCGGACUACGACAAGAGCUUCUCGUUUGGUGUGCACUAUAGUGGAGGAGGCGGAGCCCAUGGCACCCUCUAUGGGGGUGGGGGAUCCAACCCGCGGUGUGGGGAACUGCAAGUGGAUGGCCUGAUGGGCUUUGAGGGACACUCGCACCACGAGCGGCUGAUGAACGCCCAGCUCAACGCCAUCUUUCACGAGUCUUGAGGAAGAGAAGGAUGCUGAAGGACAGGCAGCCAUCUUGUUUCUUCUUCUGUCCAAUUUCUGGCACUCGUGAUGAUGUCACCUUGUGUGUAGCACUUCUGAAUGUCCUCAUGUUCUCCAUCCGCCAAUCAACAAGCAAUAACGUGCAGCAAACUAUGCAAUUCGUCCCCAGGUGAUUCUAAACGUGGAAAAUCAAUUUUUGAGCGUCCAUCUUUUCUCCACUUUUUCUAAUGUCCUCUCAUGUCCUAGCUUGUCUUCACUUUUCAUGUGAAUACUUUCAAGAUGUUUAUAAAUGACUUUUAUUAAAGGGAACUUUGUGUGACGGGCCUCGGUGCCCAUGCCAA